AUGUCAGUCUUCCAUAAUUCUACUUCUCCUACUUUCCUCCUGACGGGAAUCCCUGGACUCGAAUGGGCCCAUGCCUGGAUCUCCGUUCCCUUCUGCUGCCUCUAUUUAACUGCACUUUCUGGGAAUACCUUGAUCCUGUUCAUAGUCCUCACUGAGCCCAGCCUCCAUGAGCCCAUGUACUAUUUCAUCUCCAUGUUGUCCAUCUCUGACUUGGGUUUAUGCAUCUCUACACUGGUGACAGUGCUGGGAAUAUUCUGGCUCAAUGCCCGGGAGAUUAGCUUUAAUGCUUGCUUAUCCCAGAUGUUCUUCAUUCAUUUUUUCACUGUCACGGAAUCUUCGGUGCUCCUAGCUAUGGCCUUUGAUCGUUUUGUGGCCAUUUCUAAUCCUCUGAGAUAUACUUCUAUCUUAACUGAACUUAAAAUAGCACAAAUUGGCACAGCAGUUAUCACCAGGGGGACCCUAGUACUAACACCUGCUGUGGUGCUUCUUAAGCGUCUGUCCUUCUGCCGCAGCCAUGUGCUCCACCAUUCCUACUGCUUCCACCCUGAUGUGAUGAAGCUCUCAUGUUCAGACACAAAGAUCAACAGUGCCUUUGGACUAACUGUAAUCAUCUCUACUGCUGGAGUGGACUCCUUCUUUAUCCUGCUCUCCUAUGUCCUGAUCAUCCGCUCAGUGCUCAGCAUUGCGUCCCCUGCGGAGAGGAAGAAGACCUUCAGCACCUGCAUCUCUCAUCUCUGUGCCGUGGCCAUUUUCUACAUCCCAUUGAUCAGCUUGUCUUUUGUUCACAGAUUCGGAAAACAUGCCCCACCUUUUGUGCCCACCCUCAUUGCUAAUGUGUACUUGCUCAUCCCACCUGUGAUGAAUCCUAUCAUCUACAGUGUGAAAACUAAGCAGAUUCAGAAAGCUGUGCUCAAACUCCUCUAUUCCAAGAGAACACAGAUUUAA